GGAGCAUUUACAGGAGUCAUCUGUAGUCAUCUAGCAAGCAAGAUGUUGGUGGUGUUACAACUGUUAUUACUGCUCUGUGUUGGCAGCUCAGUUUCAGAAGAUUUAAUCACACCAACUGUGAACAUUAUUGCUGAGCUGGAGAAGCUGAAGAAGAUGGAGAAAACGAUUCAAACAUUACAAGACACAUUAGACAGCGUAUUUAUUAAUAAUGAAGCUUUGAAAAGUUUAGUACAAGAUUCAAAAAAUAAGCUUGAAUCUUUCCAGAAAGAGAAUGAAGCCCGAAAGAUUGCCUUUUCAGCCGGACUUCUAGCAUCUGGAUCAGGACAUACCGGGCCUGUUGAUCAUCGUUUAACUCUGGUCUACAAGAAAGUGUUUACUAACAUCGGAAAUGCCUAUGACUCAAAUACUGGUAUUUUUACAACACCAGUAAAAGGAGUCUAUUACUUCAGAUUUUAUGCUCAUUCACAUGGUGGAACCAAAAUGGCAGUGACUCUGUAUAAAAAUGAUGCACCUCAAUGCUCUGUGUUUUCUUGGAAACCUGUCACCAAUGGUAAUGCCAGCAAUGGAGUCAUUCUUACCCUGGAACCUGGUGAUCAAGUUUAUACCAAACUAUUGGAUAAAACUUGGGUUUUUGAUGAUCACAUGAGCUACACCAGCUUCAGCGGUUUUCUUAUUUUUCCUCUUGUAAAUAUGGAGCUUGUGUACUAGUGUGAAUUAUUCCUG